AAGCUUCCCUGCGGGGGCAACACGCGAUGAUCUCGUACUCAGUGAGCCUGCUGGUUGCCGCAACCAUCGCGGUCGCCGCAACCACCCCAGCUACGGCAACCGCCGCAAUCCUCCGAGAAUAUACUGACGCUGAGAGGACAAGUCUGCCGCGCCUGUUCCACCUGGAUGAUUAUGAUCGCUGCCUGGCUGCCGGGGGCCUCUACUGCACCGGCACCUUCCGGCUGCACUCCGAUAGACUCACCCCCGCCUUUAACUUCAUCAAGGAGUUCGCGGCCGACAGCCGGCACUUCGAUCGCACCUUACUGCAUCGAGGUUACUGCCUCAGUCAGCGAUGCCCGGCUCACGAGCCCAACACCACGCGCCGCUUCGAGCGCUGCGUGGAGCAGCACGGCCUGGUGCCAGGUCUUCGCGCGACGCUACUCUCACACUCAUGCACCUCGCAGGAGAGUGUGGCACUGGAGGCCGCGACCACCAAUACACCUCAGCGUCUGUUCCUGGCGAUCGUAUGCGCCGUGGUCGUCUUCAACAUCAUCGGCACCCUGUACGACCUGGCGGUUGACGGCGAAGGCAAGAGCGCGCUGCUGAUGUCGUGGUCCAUGCGCGCCAACUGGCGGCGUCUGACUCACACCUAUGACGGGGCGGACGAGGAUCCUCGCCUCCUCGCGCUGGCUCCCAUCCAGGGCAUGAGAGUUCUGCUACUGGCGCUGGUGAUGAUGACGCACGCUUCAGAGAUCCAGCACAAGCUGUUCCUCUACAACCCCGAAUUCCUGGAGAAGGCGCUGUCCCAUCCGAUCACAAUGCUGAUCCGCAACGGGUCGGCGCUGGUGCAGGGCUUCGUGGUCAUCUCCAACUUCCUUUUCGCGUACAGCAUGCUGCUAAUGGCCAAGAACCGGCAGCUCGGGCUGAAGCACCUGCCGAUGUGUCUGCUGCACCGGUUCCUCAGACUUGCGCCAGUCCACAUGGCUGUGGUUGGGUUCGCGGCGACCUGGUGGCGACGUGCUGGCGAUGGACCGCAGUGGAAUAGCAUCGUGGGCGCCGAGAGCGACAUCUGCAGGAAGAAGUUUUUCGCGCACGCCUUCUUCGUGCACAACCUGGUCAACCCCGAGGAGCACUGCUUACUGCAAACUUGGUUCAUAGCUGUGGACAUGCAGCUGUAUAUUAUAGCAGCGACACUGUCACUAUGGCUCCUGCAGAGCAAGAGGCGCGCCAUCCCGCUCCUGUCAGCGCUGUUCCUAGCGUCCUGUCUGCUCAACGUGGCCCUGGCCUACCUCAAUGACUGGAAGUCGCUCCUUUACAUCAUGAUGCCCGAAAACGUCCGAGUGACAUUCUACGAUGUGCCGUCGUUCUACCGCUAUUACGUGGCGCCCUGGGGCAGCCUUCCAGCCUGCUUCCUGGGUCUGCUGCUGGCACACGUGCACUUUCACAUGCAGGAGAACGGGUACAAGAUAUCCAAACACACCAUUAUUAUGUGGGUAUACCACAUGUCUGUUCCGGUGCACGUGGCCUGGAUCAUGAGCGGCAACUUAGUCCGGGAGCACACCUCGCGGCUGGCCACGUCUCUGUUCCUCGGCAUCGAGCGGCCAGGUUUCGCGCUGCUCGCUGCCAUCUACAUCAUCGGCUUUGUCAACAACGUACAGAACUUAUUGAGACGCAUACUCUCCAUGCGACUACCUCAAAUGCUUGGGCGGCUGUCACUGUCGGUACUGAUGCUGCACUGGUGUGUCAACAUGGUUCUCGUCGCAUCAAGAAGAACACUCUCUGAAGUCUCUGUUAUGAAUAUAGCGACGGACCUGAUCUCCACAAUCUGGUGGACACACGUGCUGGCGGUGCCACUCACGCUGCUGCUGGAGAUGCCGGUCCAGAAGACCUUCAAUGCUCUCAUAUCUUGAACCUCAUAUGCGUUGCCAUAUCGUGUUUAAAGUAAAACAAGCCUUUUAAGGUGUUUUUUUCCAAAACACAAUUGAAUUCCAUGUUAUUG